AAGACUAAAUGGAACUUCACAACUUGGAGAAAGCUCUGAUGGAUAAGGUGGGACAACACACCGCGAGAGAGCAGAACCUGUUUGAGCGGGUCUUUCAGCCGUGUGUAGCUGAGCUGGUGGGGACCACCUUCUUUGUGUUCAUCGGAUGUGUGUCUGUGAUUGAAAACGUGGAGGAUGCCGGCAGACUCCAGCCUGCGCUGGCUCAUGGUCUCGCAGUGGCUGUACUGAUUGCAUGUAUGGCAGAGAUCAGUGGUUCUCAUUUCAAUCCGUCAUUCACCAUAGCUGUCUACCUCUGUGGUGGAAUGGAGCUAAAAAUGGUGGCACCGUACCUGAUCUCUCAGCUUAGCGGAGGUUUACUUGGUGCAGUCAUGGCCAAGGGAAUGACCUCAAAUGAGAAAUAUGCAAAAGCUCAAGGUGCGGCGUUCACGGUUCUCAAGGCUGAUGACCAUUUUGUGAAGGCUUUGUUUGGAGAGAUUGCCAUGACGUGUCUAGUGGCCUUGGUGGUCUUACUGGGUGCAGUUAAUGCCAAGAGCAGGAGUCUUUUGGUUCCAUUUUUGGUGGGCUGCACAGUCAUUAUUAACGUGCUUGCAGGGGGUGAUGUUUCUGGUGCGUGUCUGAACCCUGCAAGAGUGUUUGGUCCUGCCGUGCUGAACAAUUAUUGGACUCACCACUGGAUCUACUGGGUGGGACCCAUUACUGGAGGCCUUAUUGCUGCUGCAUUAGUCAGGUUGUUGCUUGGAGACAACAAUACCCGCCUACUGAUGAAGUAACAUUCAGUAGCCUGCAUCUUUCAAACAGAC